AAUGGCUGCGAAGGUGUUUGAAAGCCUGGGGAAGCUGGGCCUGGGGUUGGCUGUGGCAGGUGGAGUUGUCAAUUCUGCUCUUUACAAUGUUGAUGCAGGUCACAGAGCCGUCAUCUUCGACCGAUUCCGCGGGGUCCAGGACACGGUGGUGGGAGAAGGUACCCACUUCCUCAUCCCCUGGGUGCAGAAACCCAUCAUCUUCGACUGCCGCUCUCGCCCCCGCAACAUUCCCGUCAUCACCGGCAGCAAAGAUCUGCAGAACGUGAACAUCACGCUGCGCAUCCUGUUCAGACCAGUGACCGCCCAGUUACCCCGCAUUUUCACCAGUAUUGGAGAGGACUACGACGAGCGUGUCCUGCCCUCAAUCACAACCGAAAUCCUCAAGUCUGUUGUGGCUCGCUUUGAUGCUGGAGAACUGAUCACUCAGAGAGAGCUGGUCUCCAGGCAAGUGAGCGAAGACCUCACGGAGAGAGCAGCGACCUUCGGGCUCAUCCUGGACGACGUGUCCUUGACCCAUCUGACCUUUGGCAAGGAGUUCACGGAGGCGGUGGAAAUGAAGCAAGUAGCCCAGCAAGAAGCAGAGAGAGCCAGAUUCAUCGUGGAAAAGGCUGAGCAGCAGAAGAAGGCAGCUGUCAUCUCUGCGGAGGGGGACUCGAAGGCGGCCGAGCUGAUCGCCAACUCCCUGGCCACGGCGGGCGACGGCCUGAUCGAGCUGCGGAAGCUGGAGGCGGCCGAGGACAUCGCCUACCAGCUCUCCCGGUCCCGCAACAUCACCUACCUGCCCUCCGGACAGUCCGUGCUCCUCCAGCUGCCCCAGUGACCCUGCUUCUGCAGCCACAGCUAACCUGAUCACCUCUGCCUACCAGAUCAGCCCUUUCCAAAAGAAUCUUUGCGAUUUCCUCAUUGGUAAAAGCAGGGGAAAUUAAAAUUUGACCCAUUUUGAAAUCUUAAUCAAAUAAAACUGAACGCUCUUGACAACAAACCUGCAUUCCUCCCGUGUACGGUCAGAGGAGCGGCCCCACUGACCAUUAAGCUAGGUUUGAGAAUUGCCCCUUUCCAGGCAGUUUGAGCAACAGGAGCAGAGUUUCCAUCUGUUCACUCCUGGGACAAACAGGCAGCCCAGGUGACUCCCUGCCCGGGAGGGUGCUGUCCCAGUCCGGUGUCACGGCGAUUCGGUGCCUUCAGGCUGGCUGAGCCGGGGUCGUUACAGACUCACAGCUCCUGGGCUAUGGAACAGGGACGCGCGGGGCUCGCUCCUCUGUCCAGCCAGUCUCCUCAGGUGUCAGCUGGGAGGAAGAGGACACCUCAGCCGUUAGGACAGUGGCUCUGCUGUGCCCGUGUGAGCCGUGGCACUGAUAGCUGGGGCACAGAUCGAGCGGAUCGUGGCCGGGGGUGAGAACUGCAGAGAUUUGCUUUAUGUAGUAGAUGGAUUUCAGGCACGGAGGAGAAGAUACUUCCUCUGCAGGAAAUACUUCUCAUGUACAUGGGACAUCUCCGCUUCUCCCCCUGCCGCGGCCGCACACCGAUCUGUUGGCUGCUGCCUGCCCUUCUGUCACACCAAGGUCAGUGGAAGUGGCAGUUGGUCUGUUCCAGAUGGCACCUGGGAUAAAGAGGGGAUGACUCGGUGCUCCGGGGCUCAGGCAGUCGGAGGUGGGCAGAAUUCUCUGUUGCAUCAAUGCUCUUUUUAUUUAGGGAAACUGAAUCGUGAGGAGGAUGUGAUGGGUGAGAUUGUGUAACCAGCCUUCAAUAAAUGUCACGGUCCUAA